AACAUGGCGGCUACAGGCCAAGGCUAGUUUCCGAGAAAAUAGCUGCAUGGUCUGCUUAAAACGCGGCACCGAAAGAUACUUAUUUGGAGAUUAAGACCUCACGGGAUAUUUUAUAAAACCUACCCACCAGCUCGACAUGCCAAGAGCCAACUUCGGCUUCAGCCUUUCCGGAGUGCCCGUGGAUAUCACAAACUAACACGUGAUCACCCACAAUGCGCAUGCUCCAACCUGCCGUCACCAUUGCUUGACAGGGCCAAUAGGAAGUAGUGCUGGUGCUAGAAGACCAAUAGGAAGUGGGAGUGUUGGUGCCAGUGGACUAAUAGGAUGGGGACGAUGCCGGAGGACCAAUGGGAAGCGCAAGUGGACGAAUGGGAAGCAGGGGCGGUGCUGGAGGACCAAUGUAGAGAGGCGAGUCCUCCAAGUGUGAUUCAAGGAUGAAGAGUUAUGUAGGACUCGAAAUUUUAACUCUAUCUCUCUCUCCACAGAUGGUGCCACAUGUGCUUUGUUUCAGUUUUCCAGCAUCUGCAGUGUUUCACCUUCGAGCAAGGGCGGACCGGGCUGUGAGCGGAGCAUGCGCUGUGUAGGUGCUGGAGCCGGAACUUUGUCCGGGACCAAGAGGGAGACUGUUUCUGUCCAAACCUUUAGCAGCACUUUCAAUGGGAAGUAGUUUCCAGGUCGUCAAUUCCGACCAAACCUCACUGCAAAUUCUGUUAGAGGACUGCAUUCACAACCACCUCAAUAUCAUCGGCCCUUCAUCAUGCAAGAGAAUUGGAAAAGGAGGACUUACAGACAGGAAACUUAAAUCAAACGUCAAAUCAAGCCCUGUCAGAGGUGCUCGAUUCAUCGGGAACUUAAUGUCAUUGUCCUUUGAUCAUGGAAGUAAAAAGCACAGUUCAAAGUGAAGAGAAACCGUACACAUGUUCGGUAUGUGGGCAAGGCUUUUGUGAGCAGUCUGACCUUUUGGAGCACCAGUGCAUUCACAACAAGGCAAAACUGUGGAAAUGUGAGGACUGUGGCAAGGGAUUCAAUUGCCCGUCUGACCUGGAAACACAUCGGCGCAGUCACACUGGGGAGAGACCGUUCACCUGCCCUGAGUGUGGUAAAGCGUUCACUCAGUCUUCUGACCUGCUGAGACACCAACGCGUUCACACUGGGGAGAGACCAUUCACCUGCACUGAGUGUGGGAAGAGGUUUGCCCAGUUAUCAAACAUGUUGACACACCAGCGAAUUCACACCGGGGAGAAGCCAUUCACUUGUCCUGAGUGUAGCCAGGGCUUUACUCAGUUACCUACUCUGCUCAGACACCAGCGAAUUCACACUGGGGAGAGGCCAUUCACCUGCUCCAAGUGUGGGAAGGGGUUCACUGCGUCAUCCCAUCUGCUCAAUCACCAACGGAUUCACACUGGAGAGAGGCCAUUUACAUGCUCCAAGUGUGGGAGGGGAUUCACUCGGUCGUGCACCCUGCUGAACCACCAGCGAGUUCACACUGGCGAGAGGCCGUUCACCUGCUCAGUAUGCGGGAAAGCAUUCAGUCAGUUAUCCAGUAUGCUAGCACACCAGCGAGUUCACACUGGGGAGAAACCAUUUGCCUGUCCGCAGUGUGGGAAAGGGUUCACUACCUCAUCCACCCUGAUGAAUCACCAGCGCGUUCACACUGGAGAGAAGCCAUUCACGUGCCCUGAGUGUGGGAAAGGAUUCGCUCAGUCAUCUAACAUGCUGACACACCAGCGAGUACACACUGGGGAAAAGCCAUUUACCUGUAGAAACUGUGGAAAGGGAUUCAGAUACCCAUCCAGGCUGGGAUACCAUCGACGCAGUCACACUGGGCCUUGCGCUGGACAGAAACCGUGGAAAUGUGAGGACUGUGGCAAAGGAUUUGAUUAUCCGUGCCUGCUGGAAACUCAUCGACGCAGUCACACUGGAGACAGGCCAUUUAUCUGCUCUGUGUGUGGAAAGGGAUUUGCCAAGUCAGCCAGUCUCAUGUUACACCAGCGAAUUCACACUGAGGAGAGACCGUUCAGCUGCACUUAUUGUGGAAAGAGGUUCAGACAGUCAUCCACCCUCACUGCACACCAGCGAAUUCACACUGGGGAAAAGCCAUUCACCUGUUCACUAUGUGGGAAGAGAUUUGCUCAGUCAUCCAGCCUCCAGGCACAUCAACAAAUUCAUGCUGGGAAGAAGCUAUUCAAUGGCACUUCCUGCAGAAAGAGGUUGAAGCCUUCAACUGACCCUAGGUUACACCAGCAGGGUGAUCCCGGACAGAGGCCAUUCACCUGUGCCAUAUGUGGGAAGGGAUUUACUCAGUCAGCCAGCCUCAUGUUACACCAGAGAAUUCAUACUGAGGAGAUGCCAUUCAGUUGCACUCACUGUGGGAAGCGGUUCAGGUCUUCAUCCAACCUCAAUGCACACCAACGAGUUCACACUGGAGAGAAGCCAUUCAUCUGCUCUGAGUGUGGGAUGGGAUUCACACAGUCAGCAAACCUGGCUGUACACCAGCGAAUUCACACUGAAGAGAAGCCAUUCAAUUGUACUCACUGUGGAAAGAAUUUCCGGCAAUCAUCUACCCUCACUGCACACCUACGUACUCACACUGGAGAGAGACCGUUCACCUGCUCAGAGUGUGGGAAGGGAUUCACUCAGUCAGCCAGCCUCAUGUUACAUCAGCGAAUUCAUAAUGGAGAGAUGCUGUUUAGCUGCUCUUACUGUGGAAAGGGUUUCAGGCAGUCUUCUGACCUCACUGCACACCAGCGAGUUCAUACUGGAGAGAAGCCAUUCAUCUGCCCAGUGUGUGGGAAAGGAUUCACUCAUUCAUCUGGCCUUUGGUCACAUAAGCGAGUUCACACUGGGGAGAGACAAUUCAGCUGCAUUGCCUGUGGAAAGAGGUUCAGGUCUGCAUCUGACCUCAAUGUGCACAAGCGAGUUCAUACCGGGGAGAGGCCAUUCAUCUGCUCCACAUGUGGGAAGGGAUUUACACGGUCGUCCAAUCUGCUGACACAUCAGCGGAUUCAUAAGCGUCAGCAGAGUUUGGAUUCUAUUGAUAAUCACAUCCAGGACAAUGUUUGAUGUGGUUCUGCUGAAUGUAACGACCUUGGUACUUGGCUGUGGUUGAAUAUUUUGGAACUAUUCCUGAUUUGUGGGGUUGCAGUGUCCCUAGAAAAACACAACCUGUGAUCUUUUCACUUAAUUUAAAAACUCUUGUUGGUAGGAACUUGAUUAUAAUAAAUCUAUGAACUUUUACUUCAAUCUAAAAUUGAUCUUGCGUGCAAAUCUAAAAUUCUGAAAAUUUUCAUUGAUGAACAUCUCCAAUUACAAAGUACUGAUGAAUCUUUGCUGGCAAUUCUUACUGGUUUACACAUGCUUUGCAUUUUUAAAUUAAAUGAUCAGAAACAAAACAAAAACAAAAUUUGAUAUGUUUUCCAAGUGGAGCAAUAAAUGCAUUAUCACUCAAUGUUGAUUUUAAUAAAGUUUGGGAGUGCAGAGUUCAAUCAUUUAUGACACAGCCACAGCUACAUCUGGUAAUGACAGAAUCCAUGUAAAAGACUGGCCUGAGACCUGCUGUGUAGAAAUGGUGUUUGAAAUUGAAGGAAAAAGAAAAGCCCACCAGACACACAACAUAAACCCAACAUGAAAUUAGUUUAAAGUAGCUGAGACAAUCAUGUAAAAAGAAAGGGAAAUACCAUGCAAAGAAACACUGGAUCAACCUCUGUCAAGAAAUCCAAAUUGCCUGCGACAGUGGAAAUCCAUGUCCUACAUUUGUUGGGAUCAAGAGAAUGCUUGGUCCACCCAGCACUUAGCGUCUUGAGAUCAGGAGACAGUAAAAUCCUCACUGACAGUCGUAAGUAGAUGUCCCACUGGGUUAAGCACUCCUUUGAACUGUACUCCUGUGUCGCAGAUAAAGCCCAGUCUCCAUCUGAAACUUCCCUGCAGCUUCUUAUUGUAGUUGACUUGGAUGCAGAACCUUCAUCUGACCUGGAAAAAGUUGUUGAUUGCUGAGCAAACAGAAAGGCCCCCAGCAAGGUUGGAAUCACAGCCAAACUACUCAAACACAGAAAGUUGCACCUAAAUUCCUCCUCCUCUGUUGGAACACAGCAUCUGUUCUAUAGGUUAUGCAUGAUGCAAAAAUCAUCACAUUCUACGAAAACAACGGAGUCGGAAGAGAUUGCAACAAUGACAGGGAAAUCUCAUUUCUUAGCAUAACAGGGAAGAACUUAGGGUCAUGUUUAAAAGACUCUAGUUACUUACAGAGUUAGUCCACCCGGAAGCACAAUGUGAUUCCUGUGCUGACAGAUAGAGAGGAUCUUCUCCAUACACUAGUUAUAUUACAAUCAUUUGGAGAAGCCCUUGAAGACAGAACAAGAAAUAUCAAAGCUGAGAAAACGCCCAAAGGCAUCGGAAAAAAAUAUAUUAGUAUGAGGCUUAUGCUCAUUGAUCUGAAGUUAAACUAUGUAAAGUUGUCGAAUAUUUACUGCAACAUUUGUGACCAAGCACACAAGUUAACUCAGACCAUGGACAAGAUGGUGAUCAUUUGAUUGGGAGACUUUGCCUUCUAAAGAUUUGGUUUCGUCCCAUUUGUUGCUUUUCAAAACAAAAUGCUUGAGAACGAGAGGUAUAGGAGUUAUCUCAUACUGAAUGCAAGUACUUCAACCUUCGACCACCAUGUAAUGUGAAUAUUAAAUAAUAUUUUGAUUGAGUUUUUUUAAAGGAGUCACAAAGACAUUUGAUGAAGGCGUAGGAGGCUGUGAGGUGGUGUCCAGGAGGUUGGGGUUUAUUGGAGGCAGGAGUAGGGAUUGAUACAGGGAGACGACAUCUAUAUGGAAUUCAGCAAGGUGUUCGACAAGGUUCCACAUGGUAGGCUGCUUAGCAAAGUUAGAUCACAUGGAAUCCAGAGGGAGCUAGCCAGUUGGAGACAAAAUUGGCUUGAAGACAGGAGACAGAAGGUGUUGGUGGAGUGUUUUGUUGCAUUGGAGGCCUGUGACCAGCAGUGUGCAGCAAGGAUUGGUGCUGGGUCCAUUGCUUUUUGUCAUUUAUAUCAAUGAUUUGGAUGUGAAUGCAUGGUUAGUAAAUUUGCAGAUAACAUCAAAGUUGCUAGUGUAGUGGAUAGUGAAGAUAGUUACCUCAAGAGUACAGUGGGACCUUAAUCAGAUGAGCCAAUGGCUAAGGAGUGGCAGAUUGAGUUUACGAUUCAUGUGUUUGAACUAUAAAGUGUUGAAUUUGGUGGGGUAAAUCAGGGCAGGACUUACCCAAGGGCCCUGGGGAGUGUUGCUGAACAAAAGGACCUUGGGGUGGAGUCGCAGGUAGAAAGGUAGUGAAGAAGCCAUUUGGUAUGCUUGCCUUUAUUGGUUAGUGCAUUGACUAUAGGAAUUGGAAUGUCAUGUUGCAGCUGCACAGGACAUUGCUUAGUGAUAAUGGGAACUGCAGAUGCUGGAGAAUCCAAGAUAAUAAAGUGUGAAGCUGGAUGAACACAGCAGGCCCAGCAGCAUCUCAGGAGCACAAAAGCUGACGU